UUUGCAGAAAGCCAGAAACCUCUCUCUCUCUCUCUAUCUCUCUCUCUCUCUCUCCUCUGUCUCUUACAACUGCGCUCUUUUAGUUUUGUUUUUCUGCAAAUUGGAUACAUUCAACAAUAGAUACAGUUGGUAUGUGUGAGUACUGCUGCUGAUGAUUCCAACCUCAACACUCAAGCAAGCAACAAUCUCUUCAACCCAAAACUCUUCCUGUGAUUCAGAUCGGACUCCUCUCUCUCUCUUUCUAAAUUUUCUUGACAUAGGUUUCUGAUAUUCAGGUUGAUUGCCUCAAGUAGGUUUAAGGCUGAAGCUGCUGAGCUAUGGUAUCGCUUAGUAUAUUUAAAAGUUUAGACUUUCAUUGUAAUCGACAAUUUCUUAUUAAGAAUUGGUGAAUGGGGAUACCGACAAUGGGAUCUCAAGGUGGGGCUGAUGGUAAUUGCAAACAGUCACAGUUCCAACCUUUGGCACGGCAAAACUCAAUUUACAGUCUUACCUUGGACGAGGUACAGAAUCAGUUAGGUGACUUGGGGAAGCCACUCAGCAGCAUGAACCUUGACGAGCUUCUAAAAAAUGUAUGGAGUGCUGAAGCUAAUCAGAUCAUGGGUAUAGAUAUUGAAGGCAAUACACUGGUCAAUCAAGCUCAACUGCAGCGUCAGGCAAGCCUGUCAUUAACUAGUGCAUUGAGCAAGAAGACAGUUGAUGAGGUUUGGAAAGAUAUUCAACAAAGCAAAGAUGAAGAAGAAAAGAAAUCUCAAGAACGACAACGGACUUUGGGAGAGAUGACUUUGGAGGAUUUCUUGGUCAAAGCCGGAGUUGUUGCUGAAGCUGAAGCAUCUUCAGACAAAAAAUAUGCUGAUCCUCUAGUUGGGGUUGAUGCAAAUGUGGCAGCACAGUUGCCACAAGGUCAGUGGAUGCAGUACCCACAACCACAAUAUCAGCAUCCACAACAAAGUAUGAUGGGGGUAUACAUGCCAAGCCAACCUUUACAACCACCAAUGCAUGUAGGUGCUGGAGCUAUGAUGGAAUUGCCGUAUCCUGACAACCAAGUUGCGGUGCCUUCACCCUUAAUGGGUACGUUAUCAGAUACGCAGACACCUGGGAGGAAAAGAGGCAACCCUGAGGACAUAGUUGAGAAGACUGUUGAGCGAAGGCAAAAGAGAAUGAUAAAGAACCGGGAAUCUGCUGCACGUUCGCGAGCAAGGAAGCAGGCAUAUACAAAUGAACUGGAGAACAAAGUUUCACGCCUGGAGGAGGAAAAUGAAAGGCUAAGGAAACAGAAGGAGCAAGAGAAGGUGUUGCCGAGUGCUCCGCCUCCGGAGCCAAAGUACCAGCUUCGUAGAACGACAUCAGCUCCAUUCUGAAAUUUGUAUCUAUAUGCAUCUGCUGCUUGUGCUUUCCUUUCUUUUCACUUCUUUGUGACAUUAGUUGCGUUAGGAAUUUUCAUCGAACCAUUUUACUCAAUUGUCCUUAAGACUUGUCCAGAAAAUAUUAGUGUUGUGUUUUCGAAA